AGAUUUCAUGUGAAGCACAGUGAAAGUUGCAAUAGUAUACACCAAUAGCCGGGUCGUCCUCGACAGGCAUGUGGGCAAGUGCCAGUGGAGGCAUCCGCCUGCUACCGAGAUCUACCGCUGCAAUUGAUUAUCAGUAUUCGAGGUGACUAGCUUUAUUCGAGAUCAACGGCAACGUCAACAAGAUCUAUUGUCAAAACGAUGAGUACGGCUGCCAUCUGAUUGUUUACUUCAGACAACGUCUCCUGCAUCAGCGUCAGGGCUUCGGUCGUUUCUUAUCGAGUUCAGCUACCUGCUACCAAAAAUCGAGAGCAUUCCUGGAACCCCAGAGAAACCGCUCUCGGAUCUCGGACGUUUGUUAGAUUUACUCAUUGAUCAGUGAAAAAAUUAUUUAUCUUUGCUGCGUGUUGCUGCAGGAAAAGGGUUUUUUUGGUCACGACAUCGCCACGGUAAUGCAGCUACUGGCUUAUUUUCUGUGUCACAUUCCGAACGGUCCCAAAAGUGGCAAGCAUCUCGCCUGGCGCAUGAUGAUGCUCACACGGCUAAGGUGUGCAAGCAGAGCACCCAGCUGAAGCCGGAUUGUCUGCCCUCAAUACCAUUGCUCACGCAAACAUCCAACGCCUAAGUACCAGUCUCCCGAGGAGAAAGACACAAGUUUGGAAUCGGCCUCAUUGGCACUGAUGAACCAGCCACCACCAUGUGUCAGCACACUCGUAGUUACGAUGCCGGAAAAUAUUCUGCGAGUUAAUAUUCACAAGAAGAUCCGCGGGCGAAAAAUAGGUAGUGCACGCAGGCAGAUUUUACCCAUGAAGCAUAAGAUGUUGCCGCAGCAGAGGACAAAGCUGCUGAAAAAGAAAGAACUAAAAGACGUGGAUAAGAUCUCGGGACACGACGCGGGCACCGAAUAGGACAUUAAGGACGAUACUCUAAACGAGUCCAAGAGCAUCGUAACGACGCCCAAAACUACGCGAACGGGGCCUGAUAACUACACCUAGAAGUGCUUCAAACUCCAGCAUUUUACCCAAGACGCUGACAACGUGCAACUCCAACUCUAACGUCACCGCGAGUACUCCGACGACUCCUCUCUUGUUGUCGUCUAGGCGAAACGUAGGAACAGCGAUGAAGACCCCAGCGGCAACGGCAAGCAUAGCAAUAAAAACGAUGAGUUGAGAUUGUUAGUAGCAGGAAGAGAACUUGAGUCGUGACUUGACGACAAGGAGAAAGAAAAAAAAUCGGUAGAAAGAGACAGUAAAGUGAAGGAAAGCGCGAGAUUGAAAGAGCGAGAAGCUGCUGCAGCUGUAAAAGUAGGAGUUGCCAAGGUUAAAAGGCCCUCUCAAAGUUAACAAACAAAGGAAGCUGGACGACAUACUGGUGAAAGUCUCGAAUUUAAAGUCUAAUUUCACGCCAGUGCGACAAGUCCGCGAGAAAAGAUGAUUCAGCUGAAGCACUACACCCGCCCUGUCGGUAUAAUCUGUUAAGUACAUAGCGCCGACUACAGAGCUGUAAAUUUAGUCGCUCUUUAACCUCGAGCCUACAGAGCAUAUAUAGAGCAAAUUUUUUUUUUCUGGCUGGCCCUGAUCAAGUUCAUUUGGACGUAUAGCUUCGCUGCUUACAGGGAUCCUUGAAGGCAUUUAAUUGAUGUGUAUGAGGGCAGUGAGGGACCGGCGCCUAGACAAAAACCCACAGGUGAUAGCAAAUAUAAAGGUUGGUAUUCAAAAACGUACAUGCGAUAGUAUGAUUUUACAUAAAAUUAUAUAACUGUAACUCUCAUUGCAGGGGAAUCAAUUUAAAUAUGAUAAUUUUUUAUCCAAACAGAGGUGAUGUCAGCGUGCGUCAGCCAUGAAGAGUGUUUGAAGGGUCGUCGCCUAGUAUACCGCUACAGUAAAUACGUGUGGGGGCUCCCGCUGUCGCGGGAUCGUCGAUGCGCAUCACGCCAGCUCACGUAGCGAGUCGAACUCAGCUCUGCGGGAAGCCGCGCGUCGCGCUUUGAAUUUCUCCGCGCUCGACUCUUCCAACGAUUCGAUGAUACACAGCCCGAUACGGGAGCGCCAAGGCCUCGCCGACGGCCAAAACAUGAUUCAAGCGCAGCAGAAUAUAGAGCAGAACGCUCCGCUGCUCGGCGCGGGCAAUAACGAGCUGCCCCCCGGCGGGCUCCGGCCGUGCGGCGCGCGAACCGACGAUAACGACCGCACGCACGACGUCGAGGCGGUCUCAAAAUGCACCCUUCCAUCAUACUGGAGUUUCAAUCCGAGGCUUUGGUUCGCACAGGCGGAGUCGGCGUUCCUGUCCAGCCGAAUCACCAACGACAGGAGCCGCUACAACCUCCUCGUCGCACACCUGCCGCCGGACGUGGCGCAGGAAGUCUCGGAUAUCAUCCUGGCACCUCCAGCGGAGCAGCGGUACGACACCCUGAAGGCGGCGGUCCUGUCGCGCCUCGCCGCUUCGGCCGACCAGCAACUCCAUCAGCUGCUCAACGAGGUGCAACUCGGCGACCGCACGUUUUCCCAGCUGCUGCGCUACAUGCGGCGUCUGGCCAGAACGGCCAUCACUGACGAGGCCCUGCGGGUUAAAUGUCUCGACCUUCUGCCAGCCCAAGCCAGCCGCAUGUGUCGCGUGCUGAAGGCGACCUUGCUGGAGGAACUCGCCGACGAGAUCGUGGCGCCGUGCGUGCCAGUCAGCGCGGUUUCACGCCCCAGCUCACCUACAUCGAGCGGCAUCGCAUCCGGGAGCAGUACACCGUUGCCCCAGCACGAAAUGACUUCACUUCGCCUCGCCAUGACGCAGAUUACCACCAUACUCCAGCAGCAGUCGCUCGUGCUUCAAUCCAUCGCCUCCAUUCUCACGUCGAGCCAGCAACAACAACAGCAGCAACGACAGCAGGAGCGACGCGGCCGCUCCCGCAUGCCCGCCAGCCAGCGCCAAGCCCGCACCGCUUCACCAGCGCCGCGCGCCGCAAAUCCAGCAUGGUGCUGGUACCAUCAGCGCUUUGCGAGCGAAGCAACGCAGUGCCGGCCACCCUGCUCGUAUCCGACCCAGGAAAACUAAUGGCACCGCCGCCUUUUCAGGCAGCCGCGGUCGGCGCACCCAACGAGCAACGCCUGCACGUCCUCGACCGCACGUCCGGACUCCGCUUCCUAGUCAAUACGGGCUCAGCAGUCUCGCUGCUGCCCCGCUCCUAUGUCAAGAAACAACUCCAGCGCGGCCCACUUAAACUGAGCGCAGCCAACGCCACGUCCAUCCACAAUUCCACAAUUACAUGUAAUGUCCUUCUUCAAAUUUGCUGUUUUACCUAAAUACUUACUACAGCUAGAACAUAUUACAUGGUACGCUAAACAGUCCAUAGGAACAUCCAUAUAUUUAUUUAGCAUGUACUUUGUUUUUGGCAAUAUACUGUUACUAAAAAUAGUAUUUAACAUUUCAAAAAUAUCGAAUAAUACUACC